AUGUCCGGCAGUCGGCUUCCCACGCAUCCCAUGACUCAGGCAGCCGGCCAUUUGUCACGUGGCCCAUGUGCUCCGGCCAAACAGGUGGCUCUUUCUGUUGCCGGCGCCGAGAUUGCCCAUCCCACCGCCAUGACCCACGAGCUGGGCCCCUCCAGCCUGCCGGAGCUGGCCAGCACCAUUCUGCCGCCCUGGGCCCUGCUCAAAUGGCUGGCCUGGUGUCGGCCAGUCUCCGACGGGAAAUUUCCCAACUGGCCGGCCGUCGGCAAAUCCCCAGACGUCCCGGCCGCCGGGUCACAUCUCGUCUCGCCCAGUCCCACUCCAGCCACAGGCCAGGCGGACUCGAGUUCACACUCCAUUCACGCCGCCACGUCGUCUCCUUCGGCUGCCUCGUCUGCCUCUGCUCUCUCGCUCUACUCCAUUCUGCUGGCGGCUGAACAGUUGAUCCGAUCUGACCACCUGAAACGAGACAAGCCGGCCGAUCGAGAGACUCCCUUGGACCUCAGCCUCACCGAUCCGGAUCCGUUGGUGCCGCCCGGCCGAGUGGAGCCGGGACUACGAUCGGACGCAAAGAUGGCGCCGAAAGAGGCGUCUGGAGCGGAAGAAAGCUCACCGAUUGCCAUUCCCAGUCGAGAUUGCUUCAGUCAACCUCUGCCGGACGACUCGGUCCAUUCAGUCAAUCUGGCCUUUAGCUCGAGCCCAUCGCCGACGCCAAAAGAGGCGACUGGCCGAGGCCCGCGACUCAGCUCAUGUGGGACGUCUGCCCUCAAAGAAGCCGACACUUUGACCGGACUUCAAAUGGCCCAGACGGCGGCAUCUACGUCCGACGACAGUCCGUUCGGCUCGUCUGUCGCCAGACCCGAAGCUCAGAUGUUGAUGCGUCGCAUCGUAACCGAGCAAUGUGCUCCUUCAGGCCAGUCUGGUCUACUCUUCCCGGUGGGCACCGGUGGUCCGGGCAAACAGCCGGUGACACGUUGUUUCCAGUGCAAAUGUCUUCUGGCCUCUCUGCCCGAGCUGAAUGCCCACUUCGUGCGCGAGCAUGCCUCCGCUUUGCGACGGGAAUUCGAGCAGGCACGCUCGUGGAAGUCCCACGCCGUAGAAGACAUGUGCAUUCAGGUGAGUCGCCAUUACCUCGGGCCAUGA